AUUUCAUUUUAGUCUUCUUUCUCAAUUUUAUAUAAAUAAUUCACCAGCCCUCUCUCUCUGUCUCUCUCUUCGUUUGGCCCAGAACCCCGUUUGCUUCUGAGCUGCAACACCAAAGGAACAAGACAAAGUUGCAGAGGCACGGACCCCCUUCCGGAGCAGCACCAACCUUCACCGGAGAAGCUUUCGCCCUUGGAUCGUCUUUCUUGCAAGGCCUUGGCUCUCUUGCAACUGUGUGGCUCCUCAAAUGGCCUUCCAUGGCUCCGCCAUCGCCGUCUUCUCAGUCGGUGGCCGGAGGUGAUUGACCAAUCCAGUGGAACCGCAGGGGGCAUUGGUUGGCUAAUUCUUCUGGAAUAUUCUGGCAUUGAAUUGCUGCAUCUGCAGUCAGAUACUGUUUCAUACAAGAGGAUCUGAUGGAGCUGAAAGUUUCGUCUCCAAAACCAGGUCUUUCUCCUUCUGAUUGUGUCAGCGAUCCUGAAGAGAAAGAAGUCAGUGAUGAUGAUGAUGACGAUCGCAACCAUAAGCAUCGCAGGCGGGACACACGGUCUCAAUCUUUGGAGAGAGAUGCUGCAGAACAAGUUUUCACAAGGCCUUUCAGAAGGCGAAAUAAACCCUUUGAAAAUGGGCAUUCUUUCAGAGAAAGUGAUUCUCAGUCUAGUGAAACCUGGAAAAGCUACAACAGUGCGCCUCUGGAGAAAGACUUGUCUGCAAAGUUUGAAAAACGACGCACUGGCCUAGCUACAUUAGCUCGGUCAUCUUUUGACUUAAAUCAAAGAAUCAGGGUAAACCAAUCAUUUUCUGGAGACCCUGGUCUUGGUAGGGGAAGAGGAAGAGAUUCUGGUACUUGGAACCAACGUGAUUCUAGGUUCAAUUCCGUUGAUAUUGCUUCUCAAAUGAUUCAGCAGGGAUCUGUUCCUCCAAGUCUAUAUGCAGGAAGGGGAAUGUCUAGUGUUUCAAAUGCACCGAAUGCAUCCUGGGGCACAUUUGGAUUAAUUCCAGGAAUGCCAAAUGGUGGUCUGGAUACACUUCAUUCUCUGGGUUUGCAAGGAACACUUAGACCACCUAUCACACCUUCUUUGAGCAUGGGCAUUCCACGACAACGGUGUAGAGACUUUGAGGAGCGUGGAUUUUGUCUUAGAGGGGACAUGUGCCCAAUGGAGCAUGGUGUCAAUCGGAUUGUGGUUGAAGAUGUGCAGAGCCUUUCUCAGUUUAACCUCCCUGUCUCUCUUCCAAGUGCACACUUACUGGGAACACCUGCUGGACCCGGUCCUUUAUCUUCAGUUAGUCCCCCAUCAGGUAUAUUGAUGAACAGUAAAGGCUUACAUAACAAAAACAACAAGCCAGGAAUGACUGAAGAUGGAGUAGGCUUAAAUGGUGCCUUUACUGGUUCUGCUGGUGCAAGUGGUGCUGAUUUAUAUGAUCCUGACCAGCCUCUCUGGAAUAAUUGUCCUGAAACAUCAAGUGCACUCCUUACAGUGCAUUCACCAAAGAUUGAUGAGACUGAGUCCCUGUUGGAUGCUGAUCUUUCUGCUAACUAUCAUGGCAGACUAUGUGACAGUGGUGAUAAUGACCGCUCGGUAAGGAGUACCAGUACCACUGUUGGUUCACAGAAUACAAGCUCUUCUGUAUGGGGAAGGAUUGGUGGUUCAAAAAAUAGAAUGGAACUGAAAGAGAAAAUAGACUCUACAGUAAGCUCGUUAAAUUUUCGUGAAAAUGAAUCAAUGGAGGAUCAAGAGGUAUUUGACGGUGUUCAAGGUACUGCUCGUCAAGGAAAGCGGAUUAUUUCUGAGAGCAUUGGUUCAAAAGCCAUGGAUUUUCCUUCCAGGACACAGAGUGAUUCUGCCCGUAAUAUCCGAAAACCAUCUCAAAAGGCAUUACGAACCCUUUUUGUCAAUGGUAUUCCCCAGAAAAACAACAAAAAGGAAGCUCUUCUUUUGCAUUUUAAAAAAUUUGGGGAGGUUGUUGACAUCUACAUUCCAUCAAACAGCGAAAGAGCUUUUGUCCAGUUCUCUAAAAGGGAAGAAGCAGAAGCUGCUCUAAAGGCGCCUGAUGCUGUGAUGGGUAACCGCUUCAUCAAGCUAUGGUGGGCCAAUCGGGAUAGCAUUUCUGAUGAUGGUAUAAACAGCGGCAAUGGUGCAUCUAUAGCCCGCCGUGGUGCAUUAAUGGGUUCAGUUGCACCCAAUUUGUCUGUUAAUGCAGAAAAAGAUAAUCCCCAAUAUGGAGCUCAUCAGGUUAGUGUUGUCCAUGCUUCUGAUGCACCUGUAGCUGCCCCUGAUCAUUCAAAAGCCGUUGGCACAAAUAGUCCCAGGGCUCCUCCUUUGCAGAAGAAGCUUGAUAAUUUAGAGCUGUUGAAGGAGGAGCUUCGCAAGAAGCAGGAAAUGCUGGAUCAGAAGCGUAAUGACUUCCGGCGCCAGUUGGAUAAACUUCAGAAAGCCACGGGAUUGAAGGGUGAAGUAGCUGUUGAGCAAGCUGCUAAGAAACAAAAGAUCGCAUUAGUUGGUGGUGUUGCUAAAGAUGCCACCCCAAAGCCUGCUGAUGCAGAGACUGCUGUGGCUUCAAUACAGGCUGAAAUGAUGAUAGAGAAGAACAAAUCAGGGGAGACUGUUGCAUCACAUAGCCCUAAAACUAGUUCAGCUGCGGCACUACAGGAACCUACCAACUUGAAGCAGUCAAUUCGUCCAUUAGUACCUGUAGGGACUCCAUUUCUGACAAAUAGAUUCAAAUUGGACAACCGUCCUACAGGAUUUAAAGUUAUUCCACCUUUACCAACCGGUUUUGAAAAUGUUGCCGUUUUAAAGGAGCAUUUCUCAUCAUAUGGUGACCUAUCUACUGUGGAGCUAGAUGAUUUUGAAGCACAUGAUGGUGGUAAUGGUUUAGAGGCAUCCAAAAACUGUUCAGCUUGUAUAACUUUUGCAACACGUCAGUCGGCUGAGAGGGCUUUCCUAAAUGGUAAAUGCUGGCAAGGCCACAAUUUGCAGUUUAUGUGGCUGAUGUCUAGUAUGGUGAACAAUGAGCAUGCUAUCGGAGAAAAAUCUCCUGAUGUCAUCAAUGAGCAUGCUGUCAGAGAAAAAUCUCCAUCUGCUCUUAAGGUGCCUUCAGAUGCUGACGUUCCUGUAGGAAAAUUAGCAUGCACUGUUACCGAGGAAGAAGCUAACAAAGGAAACGGAGAAGCUGAAAGCUCAGAAAGAACUAAAAGUGGCGUUGAGCAUAUUGAACGGGAUGAAGAAUUUCAGUCCAGCCCAUCCCUAACAUCACAUGAGAAACAGUUGCCUGAAGGCAAUGUUUGUUGAUGAUGGCUUGUUUGUCUUAAUUGUACAGUGAGGAAUGAAGAAACCAUCUGCAGUGAUUUCCAGAUACUCUUGUUAUUAGGGGUUUGUGAGUAGAACAGGAAGAUUACCAAACCCUCAUUCUAAAAUUGUUGAAGAAGUUAGAAUUACAGUUUUGACAUUGGGAUUUCAACACGAGGCCUGGAUCUUCAUGAUUGGAGGAGUGGACAAUGACCAAUAUAUUUGCAUCAAUGAGGUUCACUAUCUAACCCUCUUUUAUUUCUCUCGAGAGAAUAAUUGAAAUUCUUGCUGUAAUAUGCACAGAUAGCUAUGAAGUCAAAUCGAUGCGCAGUUUUUAUAGUAGCAAUUUCCAAAUUGGUUUUUUGGUUAGGUUGGAAACAUUUUUCUUGUUGAAAAAUGUGAAAAAAAAAAAAAAACCGAUCUUUCCAUUGUGCUGCUUGUCAGUUUUGGAUUUGCUGUGUUUCUCAUUCAGUGCUCUCCUGACAGCUAAGAAGUUGUAAGAACUGAAACAGAAGGUUGGAAUGUCAUAACAGCCAAUCUAGCAUGGCCUUUUGUACAA